UACUCGUUUAGUACAACCGAGAACUACUCGACGGUGACUUGCAUUUCUCGGUUCCGAUGCGAUCUACUCGGAAACUUAUCGGAUUUCGUUCUACGAAUUUUAGGUUUCGGCUGAACUUUUGUCACGUUCUAUUCGAGUAUUAGGGGCAGGGCUGUUUAGAUAGCUUCGAACUUGUAAAAUUAUCAAAUUCCAGCUACUCUUGAUACCGUCUAAACAUAGAUGUACACAUGUUGUGCGCAAAAAGUAUUCUUAUCGUGUCCGAGUACGUUCGCGAUUUCCUUGAACAGCAGAGAUAGUUUCGAUACUUUCUCGUUAAACCUUGAACGCUUCUGCUAUCAAGCUACCAUCGUUUGUAACCCUAAAUAAACAAACAAUUAUUGCGUACCCUUAUACGGUCAAUUAUGUCGCUUGCGCAUCGAGAGGGUCCGUUGAAAAAUCGAUUAAGUGUUACAUCUAAAGUUAGUAAGUCCACGACUGACCGUGAACUUUGAAUAUCGCAGAAAUAUAUCACGUGCGUCACAACACGAGAUCCAGUCAACUCAAAGGUGAAAAUUCGUGUCUGUUGUGCCAGUGAUAGCGACAACAAAAUUUUCCGUGUGAUAAAAAUCGACGUAUCGUGGUACGGACUGAUUUCAUUUUUCUAAAGGAUUUCCAUAUCUCUCGGAAAAAUGGCAAUGAACGCGGCGAGAGCGGUUCUUAAACAAACGAGAACCGCCUUGUUCAUAUGCGACGUUCAAGAAAAGAUCGUUAAGGCUAUAUCCGAUUUCGACAAAAUCUCGCAAAACUCGGUGAAACUGAUAAAGGCGUUAAAGCUCUUGGAAAUUCCUAUGAUAGUCUCCGAACAAAAUCCGAAGUCGUUAGGUAAAACGAUUUCGGAAUUUGAUAUUUCCGGUGCCAAAGGACCGUUCGCAAAAACUACGUUUAGUAUGUGUACACCUGAAAUAAACAAAGAGCUUUCUACAGUCUGUUCUGGUGAAAAACCAGAAGCAAUUAUCUUAAUUGGUCUUGAGACUCAUGUGUGCAUAGAGAACACAGCGAUGGACUUGAAACAAAGUGGAUAUGAAGUACACACUGUUGCAGAUUGUUGCAGUUCGCGUACUAGAGAGGAUAGAUUGCUUGCUUUAGAGAGGAUGAGAGGCAUGGGCUGUCAUAUAACUACUGCAGAGAAUGUUAUUUUUAAAUUAUUGGGAAGUGCAGAUCACAAGGAGUUUAAAAAUAUUCUACGUUUAAUAAAGACACCGUCAUUGUCUACAGGACUUAGCCCAAAAUUAUAAACUAUAAGGAAUAAAGACUUCAAUGUGCCAUAGUCGGUUCUCAUGACCAACAAGGUUAUAUUUUUAUAAAAAUUGUCCAAUUAUUAAAUACCACAUAAAGGUUCAUAAUUCUCGUUAGAGCGGUUUAUUCGUACAUUAAUACUUUUUAGGUAAAGAUACAAGAAUUAAGAAGAAACCUAACAAUUUAAUUUUUCCCAGUUGAACCAAAACCUCCUUCUCCUCUUUCUGUAUCAUUUAAAUUGUCUACCUCCUCUAAUUCUGGAUAAACAACUCUUUCACAAAUCAAUUGUGCUA